UCUUCUUCUUCUUCUUCUUCUUCUUCUUCUUCUCCUCCUCCUCCCAUACGUUACUCUUCAAGACCAUUGCCUUGGUCUUCGUUGCUGCUCUCCCCUCCUGACCCCUGUCACCCCGAGUGUCAUCUUGUCAGAGGCCAGUCCACGCAAUACGUCACAGGUCCAUCAUCCAUCGUUAAAGCCUCUUCAAUUUUCCCCAUCCCCACGAACCUUUUUCGCCUCGUAAUCCUGCGCUCUUUUUCUUUAAAAGGAACAAUUUUUUCCCUUAGUUUAUUCUCUCUCUUGUGCCUUUUUUUUUUUGCUUUAUUCAGUAGAUAUCUCGUUUCGCUCGUUUGCCCAGUGCCAUCCCUGCUUCUUGCUCCGCACGUUCCCGGCCGAUGCAGGGAUCAACAGUCUAGCUCUUCCUCACUUGAAAAUGUUCCAUAUUCCAUACCCGCCUGCUCGGACAGGUUUCUGGAGUCCCGUCACCUCGACUCUCAACUGGUGUGAGGAGGAUUACUAUGCCACCAUCUAUUUUGCCGAGAUCGUCAACUCCUUGACCAAUGCGUUGUUUCUCUUUCUCGGAGUAAAGGGGAUCAUCAGCUGUCGAAAAAAUGGCCAUGAUUUCAUCUUUCAGAUCGCUUUCAUCGGCUACUUUAUCGUCGGCCUUGGAAGCUUGCUCUUCCAUUCUACAUUGAAAUACCCAAUGCAGCUCGUCGAUGAACUCUCCAUGAUUUAUACCACGUGCUUGAUGUGUUACGCCACUUUUUCCUUCUCGAAAUCUACAAAGGCCCGCGCCAUACUCGGCUCCAGUCUUCUCGGUCUAUCUAUUUUCAUCACCGCAUACUAUCAUUAUCUCCAGGAUCCAAGGUUCCACCAGAAUGCCUACGCCAUACUGACAGUCGUGGUUGUCCUUCGGAGUAUGUGGUUAAUGGAGGUAACCCUCCGAUCAAAAUGGCGCAAGGCCCGCGCACUGAGUGCAUCAGCACACGUCAACGGAGGCUCGAACCCAUGCUCCUCGAGAGACGUUCAACUCUCCCAGAACACCCGAGAUUUGAAAAUUCUGAACACCAUGUGGUUCAUGGUUGUGUUUGGGUUGACUUCGUUCCUUACCGGCUUUUUGAUCUGGAACCUCGACAACCACUAUUGCUCCACUUUUAGAGGCUGGCGCAGGAGAAUCGGUCUUCCGUGGGGUAUCGUCCUCGAAGGCCAUGGAUGGUGGCAUCUUCUGACUGGAACUGGUGCAUACAUUUAUAUCAUUUGGGGCAUUUGGCUCCGGCACUGCCUUAACGGCCGCCAGGACGAGUAUGAACUGUAUUGGCCACGGUUCUACAAUUGGCCUGACGUUGUCCGUGUCGAGAAAGAGAUCCCAAAGCCCGUCCAUUUGAACGGAACGGCCGCGAUAAAGACCCAUUAAACUCUUCAUGUUACACCUUUUCUUCACAUCUCUCUUGAUGUUAGAUACCUAUCUUCUUUGAAUCUGAUGGUUUAUCGGACGGAUUAGAGUAACAUGUUCCCUUUUUUUUUCUUCUUUUUCUUUUUUCGGAUUCGGUUUCGAGUACCUCCCUUAGUAUAGAUUUCUUUUGCGGUUUUGCUCCGGGCUAGAAAAGAUCACUUCCACUUUUUUCUUGUGAAAAUUGUUUGAAUACUGA